UAUCCAUCGAAGCCUACAUCAAACACCAAACCAAACAUUAAAUAUCUACGUCUACAUAUAUGUACCCCUCGUCGCAUUUUCUUGUAAUAUCCUCAUCUCAAAUAAGAAGGAUGAAUAAAUCUCAAUAUGGCUAGCACAUCUUCGGCCGCGAGGAAUGAUUUCUUUAAAGAGCUCAAACCACGAUGUGUGGCCAUCAACAAUUUGGCCGUCCGUGCUCCAGAUAAGAAAGCAAGUACCAAAGAACUCAUCAAAGUUGUUGAGGACCUCUCUGCCGUUUUGAGUCGGCAGAUUUCCACAGACGACUCUAUCCUGGAUGAGAAGCUUGCCGAUUAUAUCUUCUUUCCACUUUCCAACAUCCUCCGAAAUCAGCAAGAGUACCCUAUCCGAUUAACAGAACACACCAUUCGAUGUCUAAGAAUCCUAAUCCAAAAUGGAUGGAAGGCCAAAAUCCCAAAUGACCUCUCUCAGCAGCUUCUCAUAUUUCUCGCCUGCAUCAUUGGCGGUGUUCCGGGUCAGGAGAGGAAGGAUCCUAUCCCUGAGGAGACGGAACUAGAAGCACUUAAGACCUUGACAUCGUUGAUUAAAGCAGUUGGGUCUUCACCAGGCGGAGCGGCGGCACUAGUAGAGACGAAUGCGAUACCUACUUUAGGCCAUACUAUCACCACCGUACUGGAUGCUGUUACCGAUGGCAGGACACCAGAUGUUCGACUCGAGGCUUUAAGGACGCUAGAUGCGCUCAUUAUCGCUAUCCGGGAUCAUGCCGCCUUGGCUACUUUUCUACCUGGGAUAGUAUCAUCCCUUAGUAGCCUCCUCGCGCCACCCGCAUCACUAAAGAAUCAGAGGAGGGUCUUGGUGGGUGGUAUUAACGCUUUGAAGGACGUGCUUACAAGGGUUCUUGGUGAUAUAAAAGUCAUGGGAAUAAUAAAACGACAGACCUCAAAUGAUGCUGAAAAGAGUACUGAGGGCAAGGUUUUAACACCAUCAUGGUUGAAAGCAACUACGGCCAAGAUAAAACUUGCCCUUGUAAGUGUGCUCAAAUUGCGAAAUGCCGAUUACGAUGAUAUCCGAUCUGCUUUGGAGAGGUUGUGCGUCACUCUUCUUGAUGAAUGUCACCAGUCUCUUGAAGAAUGCACCCCUAUACUCGUCGAGACUGCCAUGAUUCUGGCUGAUGACGAAAACGAAAAAUCCAUAAUGGAGACAAGUUUGACAGAUCUAGCCAGAAUAUACCCAGAACUUGAGGACACGAUCAAGACUACUGUGUACAACUGGGUCACGAGUCUACCCCGCUUAGUACAGUCUAGCGACGAUAGAGUCAAACAACGAGCAAUCCAAAGCCUUAUGAAUGGUCAGUAUUUUAUCACAACCCUUCAGAUCGACUCGUCUAUUUUAGAUGAUUCUCUUGCGCUCUCUUUGCGGGAUAGUGCUACUGCACUUGUUCUCGCAUCCAAAGCCGGUAACAUGUCGGAGCUUCCUUCAAACGCGAUCGAGUUGAACAUGGAUGUAAUCAAACAGGAUGGAUCGAGUAAUUUCCCGGCCGUCCUAAUCGCACAAGACACAGAACGACCCACGCGAACGGCGCUUCUUGAAUUACUAGCAAAAUUCGGGUCUACAUCCCAACAAAGCAAGCUAGCAGACGACCUUCUCGAUUAUGUUAGAGAAUCUACUGGGCCUAGCCAGGUUGCCUCAUAUUGGCUUACUUUUGAGCUGAUUAAAUCGAGUUUGUCGCAACCUUCAGAAUUGGACGAUUUCCUUGACUUAAGCUCGGCAGUGGGUGCGUCAAAUGGGAGCGAUGCGGUUUUCGAAGAGCUCUACUCAUUCUCAGUCUCGAUACUAGACUCACAGGCUGAGACGGAAGAACUUGAUUGGCGAUUACAAGCCAUAGCUCUAGAAGUUACCACUUUCGCUGCAUCGAGGACCAACGAAGCCUUCCGUCCAGAACUAAUUGAUGUAUUAUAUCCCAUCACAACAUUUAUAGGCUCUGGAAUCCCCAAAUUACGAGAUCAUGCGAUCAUCAGCCUCAACAGCAUCGCCGUUUCGUGUGGGUACUCUAACGUCACGGAUUUAAUCAUUGAUAACGUGGACUAUAUGGUCAACUCAGUAUCCUUGCGCUUGAACACUUUUGAUAUAUCACCCGCAUCUACUCAGGUCCUGCGAAUGAUGAUAAAGCUAACCGGGCCAAAAUUAAUACCAUAUCUUGACGAUGUAAUCGCAUCUAUUUUCGCAGCUCUCGAUAAUUACCACGGGUAUCCUUUAUUUGUGGAAAGCCUAUUUAGCGUUCUUACGGAAGUUGUACAGCAAGGGUCGCAUUCAGAUCACCUACUGCUAGAAGCCGUGAAAUCUUCAGCAAAGGACCAUAGGAAGAAAUCACAAUCGGAAAUUACAAUAGGGGAGUUAUGCGACAUUUUAACAGGCCUUGUGGAAAGACGAGACAGGCGACGCACUGAGGAAUUGAAGGGCAAAGAGAUUGAAUCUCAUCCGAAACGCCCGUGGAAGACCACAAAACUAGAUGGAGUCGAUAAUGAGGCGAAUGAAGAGGAAGAAGAGCCCAACACUGAAGUCGAAAAGCAACCACCGCCUAAAACACCUACCUUCAAGAUCCUGGCCCGCAUCACGGACUUGACACAACAUUACCUAACGUCACCUGCGCCUACGUUGCGAAAAUCCCUUCUAGAUCUUCUCGCCACCGUCUGCCCGGCACUCUCACCCGACGAGGAGGCCUUUUUACCUCUGGUUAAUUCCGUCUGGCCUGUCCUAGUCGAGAGACUCUACGACACGGAACCAUUCGUCGCCAUCGCAGCUUGUAAAGCCUUAUCCGCGUCAUGCCAGAGUGCUGGCGAUUUUCUCGGCACGAGAAUCAAGACAGAGUGGUGGGAUAAUAUGGGGAAGUGGUGUCGGAAAGUAAAGGCGGACGCGACGCAUUCAAGCAGUAAGAAGAAGGCUGUAACGCAUAGCAGUAGCAAGUCGGAUCGUGGUCUACUCAUCCCAAUUCGCUCUCGGGAUGGUAUCGAAGGAAAGGAAUCCAGCAAGGCUGUCGAGACUGUUUCGAGUGCGGGGCUGGGAAGAUUCACUCAGGCGGCGCAGGUAUGGGAGGCUGUGCAAGGACUGGUAGUCGCGAUUGUGUCUUACGUUCAAGUCGAUGAUGAUGUAUUUGAUGAGAUACUUGUCUUGCUAGGAGACACCUUGGCUACGAACCACGAGGCUAGGGUCGCUCUGGAGGCUAUCGAUCCUGACGCCGUGUGGCUCCUUCUGUAUGAGAGGGGAAUAAUGCAGCCGACGGAGAAGCCGGUUCUGCCGGGAGUGGCGUUCGUUGACCCAUGAUAAGGACGAGAGAUAUGGUAUUUCGCCACAAAAGUUUCUCACGACAAAUUGAGUGUUGGUCUCUAAAAUAAGGGGCAUAGCCUUACCGCCGUCGUGUGACGUUAUCGUAAAAUUUAUGUGGAAUAGGGAUUUU